UUGUCCUUUUUCCUUUCAAAGUCAGAAAAUGAAGGCGUUGCCAAUUUUGCAGCUUCGUAGUUUUCCACCAGUUCCUCACAAAACACCAUUUUCUGUAGCCAAUCAAGGCCCUUCAAAUGAAUUUUUCGGUAGACUUACACUGCCCGGGAGUGAUGUCAAUCGGAAAGGCAUUCCGAAAGUAGUCCAUCGCGACCACGUAAGUUUGUCCCAAGUACACGAAAUGGAUGUCCGGAAUGGGGAAGCCGUAGAGCACGGGGAAGGCUUCAGCCCUUAUACAUGGUCUUACGACUUUGCGGAAACUUGUGUUUUUGGUACGAUACCACGUGUAGUAAUAUAAUCAUAUGAUAUCCUAAGGUAAGCGUGGCACAGUGGGACAUUGAUUACAUUAAGAAGACGUUGUACACUAUGGGAGAAGGACGAACAAGCCUUUCACCCUAUGACACGGCAUGGAUUGCUCUUGUUAGAAAUCUCCAUGGACUUGAUCUUCCUCAAUUCCCAUCAAGUCUUCAAUGGAUUGCCGACAAUCAACUCUCAGAUGGCUCGUGGGGUGAUGAACAUUUUUUCUUAGCAUAUGAUCGGCUAGUCAAUACACUAGCAUGUGUAGUUGCGCUGAGAUCAUGGAACCUUCAUUCCCAGAAAAUUGAAAAAGGGAUAACAUUUAUCAAGGAAAAUAUACACAAGCUUGAAACUGCAGAGGAAGAAAACAUGACCUGUGGAUUUGAAAUUGUACUUCCUGCUCUUCUUGACAGAGCCCGAAAGUUAGGCAUUGACGAUAUUCCCUAUGAUUCUCCUGUGAUAAAAGAGAUUUAUGCUGCAAGAGAUCGGAAAAUGAAAAGGAUACCUGAAGACCUGAUUCACACAGUACCAACAACUCUUCUAUUUAGCUUGGAAGGAUUACAGAAUUUGGACUGGAAAAAGCUCUUGUGGCUGAAAACUCCACUGGGUUCAUUCUUAACUUCUCCAUCCUCCACGGCCUUUGCGCUGAUGGAGACUAAAGAUGACAACUGUUUCAGAUAUUUGGAUGAUAUUGUGAAAACAUUUAAUGGAGGAGCGCCACAUUCAUAUCCAGCUGAUUUAUUCCCACGACUUUGGGCUGCUGAUCGACUACAGCGCCUGGGAAUUUCCCGCUUUUUCGACUCACAUAUCACUGACAUUUUAAGUUAUGUCUACAGAUUUUGGACAGACGAAGGAAUUUUCAGUGCAAGAUAUUCUGGAUUUUCCGAUAUCGAUGAUACAUCCAUGGGUUUCAGGCUUCUAAGGUUGCAUUGAUUUAGUGUUAACCCCGAUGUUUUCACACAGUUCAAGAACGACAAUAAAUUUUCUUGUUUUGGGGGUCAAAUGAUUGAAUCUGCCACUCCAAUAUUCAAUCUCUACAGGGCUUCUCAAGUUCAAUUCCCUGGAGAAACUACUCUUGAAGAAGCCAAGAAAUUCUCCUACUCUUUUUUACAAGAAAAGCUAGCAUCUCAUCAUCUUGUAGAUAAAUGGAUUAUAUCUGAGGGACUUUAUGAUGAGAUAACAAAAGGGCUUGAAUUACCAUGGUAUGCUGAUUUACCCCGAGUGGAGGCUAGAUUCUACAUAGAGCAAUAUGGUGGCGCAACUGACGUAUGGAUUGGCAAGACUUUGUACAGGAUGCCAGAUAUCAGUAACAAUGUGUAUCUCGAUCUUGCAAAAUUAGAUUACAAUAAAUGCCAGGCACAACAUCAGACUGAAUGGAAUGAAUUCGAAGAAUGGUUUGCAAAUGACAAUUUGCAAGAGCUUGGGAUAACAAGAAAGUACCUUCUUCAUGCCUAUUUUUUGGCUGCUGCAACCAUAUUUGAGCCAGAGAGGUCAAAUGUGAGACUUGCAUGGGCUAAAUCUCAAAUUAUUUGUAAGAUAAUUGUAUCUUAUUUCAAUCACGAAAUUACUUCUUCGGAGGAAAGGAUUGCCUUUUUAGCGAACUUCAUACAUAGCAUCAAUGGCUUUACCAAAACAAAAAGCAGUAAGACUGGACAUCGAAUUCUCAAUAUAUUAUCGAGAAUCCUAGACCAAGCUUCGACGGAUGCAUGGGGGAUCCUCGGCAGAGACAUCAGCCACCAAUUACAUAAUGCUUGGGGAGCAUGGCUAAUGAAACUAAAUAGAGGAGUCAAGUGCGACGAAGGAGCAGAGCUCUUAGUAAACAUAAUAAACAUUUGUGCAGGCCAUAUUGUAUCCGAAGAGUCAAUAUUGCAUCCUGAAUACCAGCGUCUUUCCAAACUCACCAACAAAAUUUGUCAGCAACUUCAAUGGUAUCAAAAUGAAAAGGUACUGGGAAAAGAUGAUUGCAGCGCAGAAAAUAUUAUCAUGAAAUGCAGCAGGGAAAUUGAACAGAACAUGCAGGCGCUUGUGGAGUUGGUUUUCUGUGAAUCCAAUGUUGCCAAUAAGAAUGUCAAGCAAACAUUUCUAAUGGUUGCAAAAACAUUUUACUAUGGUGCUAAUUGCUCUCGAGAAACUAUUGAUUUCCACAUAUCUAAAGUACUCUUUGAGAGAGUUGUGUGAAAUGGAUAAUGGAAAUCCAGUCACUUCUUCUUUCCAUUGAAUGAAUAAAUGGGAAUAAAGUGGCUCAUAUACUUGCUUCUUAUGCGACCGAGAAUGACAGGAAUGUUUCUGUUUCCUGGACUUAUUGUACUCCUUUUUAAUUAGCCUCGAUUAUUUGGGGCGAUAUUUAGUAAUCGAAUGAUGAUGCUUUACUAUCUUGUUAAA